AUGCCCACGAAAGCAGAGCAGAAGCGGCUGUCGCAAGCUGUUGUCGCUUUUCACAACCACUACGCCUCAAUUUGGGGCACUCGAUGGGAUGAAAGCCUGUACCCUUAUCUGCUCGAGCCCACCCGCUAUGCUGCGCUAAUCAACACGUUCGCCCCUGACGAGAAGCUGCACGAUGACCUGAAGGCUGAAGCGAUGCCUCUGUUGCCAUGUCUGCAAUACUUUGAAGAUGCGCUAUUGCCUCCGCGGCAGACCCUGGCAGGCCUAUUGAGCCACUACAAUCUUGAUGCGGCUUCUGUCCUCGCGGCCGAACUGCUCGAUGUGCAGGAGGGCCACAGUGUGCUUGACUUAUGCGCUGCUCCAGGAGGCAAGAGCAUCGCCAUCGCUCAGCACAAGCCUGCGCUUCUGCACAGCAACGAGCUCGACAGCGCUCGCAACAAACGUUUGACUACGAACUUGAGAUCUUACUUGCCUGCUGACUUUAAUUUCAAGGUCCUGAAGCUGGAUGGCACCGACAAACGAGCCGCAUUCCCCAACAAGCAGUACGAUCGAGUCCUUGUCGAUGCGCCUUGUUCGUCUGAGAGGCACAUCGUCCACAAACAUGCAACGAAUCCAGGCGCCGUGGAGAUGAUGAAUUGGAAGGCGUCGCAUUCCAAGACACUGGCGAAGACGCAGACCGAGCUGCUGAUGACCGCGCUGAGGCUUGUCAAGCCAGGUGGCCGUGUCGUCUACGCCACAUGUUCGAUAUCCGACAUUGAGAAUGACGGUGUCAUUGAGAGAUGUCUGCAGAAGGCGCCAUCUGAGAUAGUGGACGAUGACAAGCUCGAUGUCAUGAGCGAGAAGACAAAAUAUGGAAGGAUAGUGCUGCCCGAUCACAAAAACGGAGGAAAAUGGGGACCUUUAUUCUUUUCUGUCCUGAUCAAAUCAGUGUGA